CCUCAAAUGGAGGAAAUUAAAUGGAUUAAGCAUUAUAGCAGUAAUCACAAGAUAUUGCUGGUGGGCGAAGGAGAUUUCUCUUUUGCGGCAUCAUUAGCCUCUGCAUUCGGCAAUGCUUCUAAUAUGACUGCAACGUCUCUCGACUCUGAGGUGAUGUUGGAGAUAAAGCAUCCCACUGCAGCAGCAAACCUGGGUUUACUUAAAAGCAAGGGUUGUACCAUAAUUCAUGAAGUGAAUGCUUGUACCAUGAGCCGACACCCUCAACUCGAACACAUGGAAUUCGAUAGAAUCGUGUUCAACUUUCCUCAUGCUGGUUACACUAAUUACUCUGAACACAACUAUAUCCAAAUAUGUCUGCACAAGGAGGUGGUUCGGGGUUUCUUUAAGAGUGCGUACCAAAUGGUGAGUGCGGUAGGUGAGGUUCACGUGACGCACAAGACAGCUUACCCAUUCUCAGCGUGGGAGAUAAAAAAAUUAGCAGAAGGAGCAGAAUUUAAAUUAAUCGAAGAAGUGAAGUUUCACAUCUACGAAUACCGUGGCUACCAGAACAAGAGAGGUGAUGGAGACCGGAGCAACUCUACUUUUCCUAUAGGAGAAUGUUCGACUUUCAAAUUCGCCAAGUACUAUUGA